ACAGUGGGGACGAGUCAGCGUUGCAGAUACAGACGGAGCCAACCAAAGAGCGUUUACCUCCCUGAAUUAUUUUAGGACUUGACCGACGUGUUUGUAUUGUGACCGUGCAGCCCGUCGAUAACAUUUCCCCCGUGCUAAUGGGCUUAAAUAUAUAUAGUUAUCCGAAAUGCUAGCUGAGUGGAGCUAAUGUUGCCUUCAAGGACUACUGGGAAAUAUAGCAUAAAUGCCGUUGAGUUUGGAGGUUCAUUCUUGACCUAGGUUUAGUACUUUGACAAAAUAUUCUGAACUCCCGCGACUUGACAACACUUGCCCAUUUAGAUAAGUGAGCACAAUCGUUUAUGGAGGUGUAUACCUUAUAAUUUAUUCUGACAUUUUUUUGAAGAAAAUGGCAGAACCCACCAACAACGGAGGAAUACUAUACAACUGACUGACACCGUUAAUGGUGGUCGUGUGGCGCCUGUGCCGAGGAGUACCUGAAGGCAGCAGAUCCAGUCCCGCAAAGUUAGCUAGCGUUAGCAAUGGCUGCAGUUAGCCGGUAGGAGAAGACACCGCAGCAUCAGCAUCACCCACACACAAUGACAUAAAACAGACGCCGGCUUACUACAGUGUACGAGACGACGGGGAGGAAUAUUUCUGACACCAGAUAAAGAUGAGCCGCUUCUGCUCAGACAACAACAACUUUCCCUAUGACAACAAUGUCCUGGUUUUGGACAUGGUUCUGGGAUCUCUGUGGGGAGUGCCUCAGCCUAUAAACUGGGACAACGUAGCCAAGCUAGUUCCAGGAUUUACUCCCAAGGAGUGUGCCCAUCGAUUUGAGGAGCUGAAGAGCACGGGAGGUUUUCCUCAUGUGGACAACCAAUGUAAUGCCCUGACAGAAGGAAGGACCUCCCCUUCCGACGGCCUGUCCACGCUGCUGGACACUGGAGAGGUGGUGGAGACAGGAAGCAGCCAGAGCGCCAGCAAAGUUACAGCAGGGUCCAAAUCGACAGGAGUCUCAGGAAGGGUUGGUGCUGUGGAGAAGAAAGAGAGAAGAGUCUCAGCAGAGGAGGAUGACAAACCUCAGAAGCCACGAGAUCCCAACAUGGUCAUCCAUGUGUGUGAUGAGACAAAGAACCUGAAGCAGGACUUCACAUGUCCCAGAGAUCUUCUCAUUAAAGAGAUGCGUUACUUUGCGGAAUACUUGUCUGUGGAGUCCCAGAGGUGGGAGGAGGUGGACAUCUCCGUUCACUGUGACGUGCAGAUUUUCGACUGGCUCAUGAACUACGUCAGGAGGAACUCUGCAGGGGAUGGAAGCAGGGACAAACCCCGGCUCGAGCCCAGCAAUGUGAUCUCAAUCCUGAUCUCCUCCGAGUUCUUGAAGAUGGAUACGUUAGUGGAGGAGUGUAUCCAGUACUGCCACAAACACAUGAGCGCCAUCGUGGCCACACCCUGCAACAUGAACUGCAUCAACAGCAACCUGGCAACGCGCAUCGCCGACCUCUUCAACCACAAUGAGGCGGACGACAUCAGGGACAAAAAAGACAAGUUCAAAAGCAAAUUGUUUCAGAAGAAAAUUGAGCGUCUCUUCGAUGCCAGCUGCCAGAGCCGAGAUUCACCAGGAAACGGGUCGACUCUCUACAGGUGUGGUCUGUGCCUUAAACUGCUGACCAAAGACACAGAGAGGAAGAUUUCUUGUGUUCCAGGGAAAAUCAAUGUCGAUACUCGUGGAGAAAUCAUAUAUACACACACUAGACAGAAGAGCUGGGAUGUGCAUGAAUACAUCACUGGUCUGUAUGAGGAGCUCAAGUCCUGGGUCCUGGUCUACUGGAGAAUCUGGGGUACCAUCAACCACCUCACCUGCUCCCGAUGCCAACAGGUGUUUGUGUGUGCAGAGCUGACACAUUGCAAGUACCACCCAGACUCUGUGCUGUACCCUGGCAUGGGUACAGAGAAAGGCUGGCAUGGUGCAGGAAUCUAUCCCUGCUGCAACCAGAGGGUUCUCCGCUUUGACCCCACCGGUAUGCCCAAGGGCUGUAAGAUGCGAGACCACAUAGUGAACGUGCCUGACGAAGAGAACUGUGACGAGGUGGCCUCAGCCCAGACCAGAGUCCUUAAUGACCUGCUGCUGCACAGAGACGCAGUGUGUUUGUCUAACACGCCACCUGCAGAGGGUGCUGAGGAGAGUCCAUCCAGUGCAGUAAAGGUUCAGGACGGUGACGUUCUCUUGGAGCCAACACUGCUGGGGCCUCCGAGAGGAGACGGCAGCACUUUUUCCCUGUUGAAAAACUGGAGUCUGCAACUGAGGCAGCAGUCUCUCCUGUCAGAGGAUGAGGAGUACACCACGGGGUCAGAGGUCACUGAAGAUGAGGUGGGAGAUGAAGAGGAGCUGUCCAAGAAACAAGCUGCUAAGAAGGCCAAGAAGACCCACAGACCUCUGAAAAAACAAGUGUCCUCUCCAAACUUCCAACGCAAAGACAAACCAGAGAAAUCCAGGGACAACACACCUUUCACCGUGAGUGUCCAGAAAAGCAAGUGGGACAGUUCUCGCUCCAUGCGAUACAACCAGGACGCUCAGAGGGAAGAAGACCAGCGUCGCAUGGUAGAGAUCAUCAGCCACCUGACUAAGAUGAGGUUUGGAGACCAGGAACAGAGCAAAUCUAAGGAUAUUAAAGAGCCUACAGGGGGAAUCUACUCCAGACUGGAAGCCCAAUUUAAAGGAGCCUCUCAAGCCAGACAGACUUCAGAGAAGAUACCCAGAUCAAAAAUACGCUAUGCUCAAAUCCGAACAACAUAAAGGACUUGAUGGGAAAGAGGCCGCUGAGCUGCUUAAGAGACGAGCGUGAAAACUGACGAAGAGCUCACGUAGAGUCAAGAGAACAAAGAGGAAGAGGCGAGAUCCUUCUGUGAGGGCUCAGUACAACAAAACACCUUCUUACUGGCAGCCCCUCUAGCACGGCCACCACUUAUAACCCAGCUAUGGACUCAAGCUCACCCCCUUGUCAGUCCUGUUCCUACCCUCUUUGCUUAACUCAGGUGACUAUGUAUGAAUCACCAUCAACUGCAUCCUAUGUCGCUCAGAUAGCUAUUUAUUUGUGCAGCUGUGCUCAGUCCUUGAAAAACAAGGGAGGAGAACUCUGGAUCUGGAUCCUCUCAGCGUGUCUUCAGAAUUUAUUUUUGGAGAAGUGGGGGAUUCCUACAAAGGACAACAUAAGAAGCGCUAGUUUAUUCUUUUCCGACCGUCACCUUACCCGAUGAUCUGAAUUACGUGGAUCCAGUGAAGUCCACACUUACAGGACUAAGAAAAUAGUUUACGAGAGAAAGAAAUUCUGCUAAAGACCAGGUAGGGAAGUUUACUGCUUCAGUCACAGAACAUUAAAUUAACUCUGUAUUAGCAUUAAUUGUCUUCUGUGGUGAAGCCCAGUUCUGGUAGACAUGUAGUUAUAGCCAUUCCUCUGUCCUGGAAUGUGACCAUACUGUACAACACUGGGACCAAUAAAACAUGAAUGACACUGA